GUGACCUCAGUAGAUCACCUGACUUGAAGAUGGCUGUUCUGCAGGAGAAGGAGUUUGCUGCCCUACAGCUGCUGCUCAAGGCUUCCUCAAAGGAUGUGGUUGGAAAUCUUUGCAGGGAUUCAUUUCCAGCAUCUGCCAUUGGUUCUGUACAGUUGAUUGAUAGUGUAUCGGACAAUCUAUCUGUCACCCCUGAAGAAGCUGCUGAGGUAGUUCAGGCUCUGCACUCUCUGAUCCGACAUGUGGUAUAUAAAGGCCUGGCAUCUGCAGAGGAAAUUCUAUCCAUCUUCCCGGAAAACUUCCAUCAGAGUCUAAAGAAUUUGCUGACCAAAAUGAUUCUGGAGAAUCUAUCUGUGUGGAGGAAUAAUGCACAGAACAAUAAUAUCUCCUUACCGCGUCUUGUUGAUCUGAAAUGGAGAGUGGACAUAAAGACCUCAUCAGACUCGGUUAUGCGAAUGGCAAUUCCCACCUGCCUGUUACAAAUGAAAAUUCAGGAGGAUGCAGAGCUGUGCGGGCUCAAUCCAGCUGCUUCCACACUGACCAUGGAGCUCAGCAAAGAGACACUGGACACCAUGCUGGAAGGCCUGGGCAGGAUACGAGACCAGCUGUCUGCAGUGGCUAACAAAUAAAGGUCCACAUCACAGUAGAAGGACAUUGGACUGAACAAUCUGCACAAUAGUAUUGGCCGGGAGCUACCGGUGACCAUAUAGACCCGGCUCUGGACACUGGUUCCAAACCACAAUCCUCUUGAAAACAAGAGGUUUUGAUGUCUGAGUGCAGGAGCCAGAUGUUACGUUGUGAUCACUUUUAUGUAAUACAAACAAAACAGAAUUCAAGGAACGGAAACAGUUUGUUUAUAUCCAGGUUUGAAUUAGAAUUAUAGAGACAUUUUCUUAAUUUUUAUCAUUAUCCACGUUUCUUACUAUAAUCUUGUAAAUGUAAUAUUCCUUUAAACCUGACAUUUAUUCUGAA